AUGGCGGAUUGGAGCCCGAACUCGUGGGCUACAAAACCCAUCAAGCAGGAUGUGGUGUAUGAAGAUGCGCAAGGUUUGAAAGAUGCAUUGGAAAAACUGGAGAAGCUUCCACCGCUGGUCACGACUAAAGAAAUAACCAACCUCAAAAACAGCCUGCGAGAGGUGGCUCUCGGCAGGGCCUUCGUUCUCCAGGGAGGUGACUGCGCAGAACUAUUCGAUUACUGUAACCAAGAUAUGAUCGAGGCCAAGGCCAAGCUUCUGCUUCAAAUGAGUUUGGUCCUGAUCUGGGGCGCCAACAAGCCGGUGAUUCGAAUUGCCCGCAUCGCAGGCCAAUUUGCCAAACCCCGAUCCAGCCCCACUGAAGUGAUCAACGGGGUCGAGAUGCCUUCGUUCCGUGGUGACAACAUCAAUGGCUUCGCGGCUGAUGCGGAGUCUAGACGCCCUGACCCGUCGCGCCUGGUGUCAGCCUACUUUCACUCCGCGGCAACUCUCAAUUACCUGCGUGCAUCUCUUUCCUCAGGUCUGGCAGACCUUCACUCCCCACUCGACUGGGGUCUGGGCCAUGUCAUUACCCCCUCAAUCAAGGAACAGUACUCGAAGAUUGUGAAAGCCGUGAAAGAUGCCUUGAGAUUCAUGAAAACCGUCGGCAUCGACAAAGACCGUGGCGUGGAGACUGCCGACAUUUACACGAGCCACGAGGGGCUGUCAUUAGAAUACGAGCAGAGUCUCACUCGACUCCUGCGACAUCCCACCCAGACCAGCUCCGAGACAUCGGCGGCCUCGGCAAGUGGAUUCUAUGCGACCUCCGGCCACUUCAUCUGGAUUGGUGACCGGACACGCCAAUUGGAUGGUGCGCAUGUCGAGUUCUUCCGGGGAAUUGCCAACCCCAUUGGCAUCAAAAUCGGCCCUAGCAUGCAGGCUGACGAAUUGGUCCGAUUGCUAAACGUCGUGAACCCCUCCAAAGAAAUUGGCAAGGUGACCCUGAUCUCCCGCUACGGCGCCAAGAAGAUUGCCAAUUAUCUCCCAGGCCAUAUUGCCGCCGUACAGGCAUCAGGCCAUGUUCCGGUCUGGCAGUGCGAUCCGAUGCAUGGAAACACACAAGCUACGCCCUCAGGAGUCAAGACGCGCCAUUUCACCGAUAUCCUUGAGGAGCUUCGACAGGCACUGGAAAUUCACCAGGCCGCGGGGUCCUUCCUCGGCGGCAUGCAUCUCGAAUUGACCGGCGAGGCCGUGACAGAGUGUGUAGGCGGUGCAGCCGGAUUGACGGAAGAUGGGCUGGGAGAACGCUACACCACGUUCUGUGAUCCUCGACUUAAUGAGAAACAGGCUCUGGAGCUCGCAUUCCUGGUCGCAGGAUUCUAUCGCCAGGAAUCGGAGUAG